AUGUCUUCAACAACAAAUCCUCAUCAAAUUAACCUGGAAUCUAGCCUCAAACCAAAUUCCUUACUCAAUACAACCCAAUCCACCAACUUCAUCCACAACCCAUAUUCACAUGCUUCUCCCCGCAUCCUCCCGCAUCGCCACGAGGCCACAUGCAUAUCACCACACCACGAUUUCCUCCCAAACAAUGGAAACCCACCAGACAGGCAGCAUAAACUACCCUACCUAGGUAUUUAG